UUUUUUGUUGAAGCAAUAAGCCAAUUGAAUGAGGCACAGAUUAAUUCUGUGAAGGAGAUUGGUUUUGAGAGUGUCUUGCAUUACAAAAUUGAAUACAUUCCUAGUAGAUUAGCAUUUUCUUUGUUGAAGAGCUUUGAUGAAGAAAAGUGUAAGAUAAAGCUUUAUAAUGGGAAAAAAAUUCAUAUCACGGAAGAGGAUGUGGAGCUUGUGUAUGGAUUUCCAAGAGGUAACAUUACUUACUAUAGAGAGAAGUGGAAAAGUAAUGCACCUUUCAUGAGGGAGUUAGCAGAACAAUGCGAUACAAAACCAGGAAAUGUGAACCAUAAAGCUGUUGAACAACUUAUGUUAGCAGAUAAGGAAGGAGGACCACAGUUCAAGAGAUUGUUCUUGGUCCUAUUAGAAUCUGCAUUGAUUGAGCCUUCAACAUGUGGAAUGAUAAAAUCUAAGAUUGGAGAGAUAGUUGAUGAUUUGGAUAAUGUUAGAAAUAUCAACUGGUGCUCAUAUACAAUCUCUGUGCUCAAGUUUGCUAUUGAUAAUUGGUCGAAGACAGAGAAGAACGCCUUUGCAGGACCACUUCCCUUCCUCAUGCUCUACUACUUAGACAGAGUUACACAAGACACGCGUCCUGUUCCUCGCACAUUUCCAUUAAUGAAAGGAUGGAAAAGUGAGCAUCUACAGGCUAGAGAAGAUAGAGAGACAAGUGAAGGAGUUUUUGGUUUAGGACGUAUAAAGAAGAGAUAUGUCCGUACUCUGGAGCCGCACGAGGAAGAGAAGCAGGAGGUUGAGGUGGAUGAGCAGAUGCCUCAACAACAGAUUCCUGAUGACUGUGCAGUUGGGUCUUCCCAGAACCUACUCCCAAAAGAUUUCAUACAGGAGGAGCAGCAGCAAGGGAAUGAAGAAAAAGUGUUGAUGUAA